AUGGCAUAUUAUUACUUUAAGAUGUACCAUCUUCUGGCUUUGUACCUGAUCUCAUGUGUUGUUCCUCUUUCCUUAGCACAAGACUUCAAUUUGCCAUUCAAAGCUGUGAAUCUUGGGAAUUGGCUUGUUACAGAGGGUUGGAUGAAACCUUCUCUCUAUGAUGGCAUUCCCAACAAUGACCUUUUGGUAUAG